UCACACGUAAUACUUCUCUUAUCACAUACUUAGUAUAUCUCUACCUGACUUAGAACAUUGUGUUAAUGAAUACAGCGUUCAUAAUGGCGGGAAUCAAAACAAUAUCAGUUGACAAAAGCAGUGUAAAAUGGACACUGGGUCAGAGGUCUGUGCUCGCUUUGGUCUUAUUAAACAACGUAUUGAUAGGAGCAAUGGCCACACAUCAGUGUGUUGAAUGUUCCGAUGUCUCCUCAUUAGACCUGUGUACACAUACAGUUGAUUGUGCCCAUGAUGAGGUUUGUUUCACCAAUAGAAGAGAAGUAUCUGAGGGAACAUACCUCUAUAGCGCAGGAUGUACCACAAAACAGUCUUGUGAAGCUGGUCAUCCAGUGGUGCACACGACGGAAGCCCCAGUAGAACAGGGUCUGGGUCACAUCAUCGGGAGGAAGCGGCGACAGGAGACGGGCACCUGCUACAAGUGCUGCUCCAGUACAGGGGCGACCAAAGAACCUUGCAACAACCAACUUUGCAAAGUACCAACUCAACCGCUAAUGUGUCAUCAAUGUGGUGACAUUGGUGGCGUUAUUCCGUGCCUUACAAGUGAGGUGAUUUCGGAUCAUUUGGCGCCGUGUCCAACAGGAUACUUUUGUAUGACCGACCUUUACCACCACUUUGAUGGCUCUAUCAACAUUUAUAAAAGAUGUGUGAACGAGGCGAUUUGUCAGAACAUGUGGUUGAAGUCUACCUCAGACAACACUAACUGCAUGAACUUUGUCCACCAUCUCCGUCCCCAGGCCCAGUACACGAACUACGACUGUCACUACUGUUGUACACAAGACGGGUGUAACUCCAAGAUAGCUCCCGCCAAUAACACUCUGUAUACAAGUUACUGACAAUACAUGUAUUCUUUCUAGUUUUUCUGUGUUUCGUUUUCAUUUUUUUUUUUUGGCUUGCUUUUGUUUUAAAAUUUUUG